UGGCUUGAACCAAAGUCGCUGGCCAAAGGCUCCACCACCCCAUAAUAAACCGAUAUUUGGAGUCUGGGAGUCUUAUUUCUGUACAUUUCGUACCCUCCCAUGUAGUUGCUCUGUCUCAGUGGGGCACUGAUGCAUACCUAUGAUCACGGCGCUUGCUCUGAAGACGCAGUCAAUUCAUGUCUUCACCGACGAGUGUUGGAACAAAGUCUUCCAAUGGCUUAACGAGCAAAGUCACAAAUCAGUGGUUUUUGUUGGAUUUGGGAGCGAGUGCAAGCUGAGCAAUGAUCAAAUCCAUGAGAUAGCAUAUGGGCUGGAACUCUCGGGGCUAUCUUUCAUCUGGGCACUGCAAAAAUCGAGCUGGGCGGGGAAUGAAACUGAUGUUCCUUCGGGUUACAGCUCCAGGCUUUCUAGAAAAGGGGUUGUGCACGUUGGGUGGGCACCUCAGAGGGAGAUUUUAGCGCACCCUUCAAUUGGAGGUAGUUUGUUUCACGCCGAGUGGGGUUCCGUGAUUGAGAGCUUGCAAUAUGGGCACUGUCUUGUGGUGUUGCCAUUGAUCCUUGAUCAAGGCCUGAAUGCAAGGUUGGUGGUUGAGCAGGACCUGGUCGUCGAAGUGGAGAGAGGUGAGGAUGGAUCUUUUAGCAAAGAUGAUGUAGCUGAGUCGUUGACACGAGCUAUGGUACCAAAUGAUGGUGGAGGUGGAGGGGAAGCAGCUGCCCUCAGAUCUCGUGUUGCUGAAGCUGCUGCUUUGUUUGGAGAUCAAAAGCUUAAUGACUACUACAUUGAACGAUUUGUGGAGUGGGAUUCAAAAGUAGAUGCCAGUUUACAACUGCUGGAGAAGAUAAGAACAUGCUGGAUUAUGUAUCGACCUUAGAAUCAAUUAGUCGUAUCCUUAAUUUUGAACCAUUGGGCUCUAGUCGAGUGGCUAAGAGCUCUUCUGUGCAGUAAAUCAAGGGUUUAAACCCCUUAGUGCAUUAUGGGUAAUCUUUGUACUUCAUUUCUAAAAAAUAGUAAUGCACUUGUUUAGUUUAAAGAUUCA